AUGUCGAACUCCAAGAACAUGCAGCACCUCCUCCCCUCCAAACGCAGGACAAAGUCAGUGACUUUUCAUCAGAAGACGAGGAAUCAAAAGCAGAAUUGUAAGUAUAGGAGCCUAGAAGCGCGGUUGGAGUUUCAGCCCGUGCUUAACAAGCCUCAGGGACGAAAUCAGAGGGAUGGGAGAAAUGAUUUGAGUUUGGCUGAGAUGUUUACAAGUAAAGAGGCCUUGAUUGAUUGGGUUAAAACUACUGGUAAGAGACAUAACAUGAUUGUUGUUAUGAAAACGUCCGACUUCGGCCAAGUUGGGAGAAAACCAAGAAUUGAUUUUACAUAUGAAAUAUAUGGUUUGUAUAGGUGUAGGAAUACUAACAAAGAAAAUGAAAAACGAAAGAGACGAAGAACUACCGAAACAAAAAAAUGUGGAUGCCCAUUCGUAUUAAAUAGAAGAAAAUUGAUAAAUGGUGAUUAUUGGAUAUUGAAAGUGAAAUGUGGGAGACAUAAUCAUGACAUUGCCCAAAACUUUGAAGGACAUUCAUAUACUGGGAGAUUAACUAAGAAAGAGACUUCAAUUUUAAUAGACAUGUCAAAGAAUCAUGUAAGACCAAAGGAAAUAUUAUAUACAUUGAAACAAAAUGAUGACACAAAUGUUAGCACAAUGAGGCACGUCUACAAUGCACGUCAGAAGUUCAGGCUCAAAGAACAAGCUGGAAGGACACAAAUGCAACAACUAAUGAAUAGACUUGUUGAGAGUAAAGAUAUAGAGUGGUACCGCACCUACAUGGAGACGAAUAUAGUUCAAGAUUUAUUCUGA